CAUCAUUGUCCUCUGCACAUAUAAUUAGGUUAUGAUCAAUCAACCUACGACUGGAAACGCUCAGUUGAGACGAAGGCGAAGCGAGAGCAUGGACCUCGAGCAGAUGACCCGAGCAGGAAUUGAUAUCUGAUAACAUUACCUUCAGGCCGAUAGUGUACGGGGCACGAACCGAGUGGAGCUUCUUCGCCUACCAGCAGGUUCCCAGCUCCACGAGGCAAGCGUGGAGCUAAACGUUAGAGUGGCGAGCUCUGGGCGUUCUUGCGAGUUGCUCGCCGGCCGCGGUCGCGGGUGCCCCGCCCCAUGGUGCUGAUCGUGCAUGACCUCAAGAACCGCUCCCAACGCCUGCACAGCCAGCGUAGCCGCAACCGCAACCCCCACUGGCGAGCUCCCCCCGGCGUCGUCGUCAUGAAGUUCGGCGAGCAGCUCCGGUCGAGCGUCAUCCGCGAGUACCAAUGGUACUACAUCGACUACGACGGCCUCAAGGCCGACCUCAAGCACCCCAGCGGGCCCUUCCAGCAGCAGCAACAACAACAACAACAACAACAUGACAGCGCCAGCGCCAGCGCCAGCCCGCGCCCGGGCAGGCAGCCGCGCCGCGAGUGGACCGAGGACGAUGAGAGCCGCUUCGUUAGCAAGCUCGAGGCCGAGCUCGACAAGGUACACACCAAGCAGCAGGUCAAGGCCAUGGAGAUCUCGCGCCGCAUCGCCGUCAGCGAGCGCGAGGUGCGCGACGUCGUCAACCGCCUGAACGAGCGCGGCCUCGGCCAGGACGGCCCCAGUGAGGAGGAGUUCAUGCUGCUCGAGGAGGACCUGAGCGACAUCAUCGCCGACGUCCACGACCUCGCCAAGUUCGUGCAGCUCAACUACACCGGCUUCUACAAGAUCAUCAAGAAGCACGACAAGAUGACCGGCUGGCACCUGCGGCCCGUCUUCAACACCCGCCUCAAGGCGAAGCCAUUCUAUAAGGAGAACUACGACGCCUCGGUCGUGAAGCUGUCCAAGCUUUACGACCUGGUCCGCACCCGCGGGAACCCCGUCAAGGGCGACAGCGCCGCCGGCGGCAGCCAGGCCAGCUUCGUCCGCCACACCACCAAAUACUGGGUCCACCCCGACAACGUAACCGAGCUCAAGCUGAUCAUCCUGAAGCACCUGCCCGUGCUGGUGUUCAACGCGAGCAAGGAGUUCGAGGAGCAGGACACCGCCAUCACGUCCAUCUACUAUGACAACCCGGACACCUGGGAGCUGUACGAGGGCCGGCUGAAGAAGACGGAGGGCGCCGAGGCCAUCCGGCUGCGCUGGUACGGCGGCAUGCAGAGCGAGACCAUCUUCGUCGAGCGCAAGACCCACCGGGAGGACUGGACCGGCGAAAAGUCGGUCAAGGCCCGCUUCUCGCUCAAGGAGAAGAACGUGAACGCCUACCUGCGUGGCGAGCUUCUCCCGGCCGCCAUCUUCGAGAAGGCGCGCAAGGAGGGCAAGAAGUCGGAGAAGGCCAUCGCCGAGGACGAGCGGCUGGCCCGCGAGAUCCAGUGGUCCGUCCUCAAGAAUGGCUACAAGCCCGUGUGCCGGUCCUUCUACCACCGCACCGCCUUCCAGCUGCCGGCCGAUGCUCGCGUGCGCAUCUCGCUGGACACGGAGCUCACCAUGGUGCGCGAGGACAACCUCGACGGCGUGAGGAGGUCCGGCGAUAACUGGAGACGCAUGGACAUCGGCAUCGACUACCCCUUCUCCCAACUGCCGCCCGGAGACGUCGUCCGGUUCCCCUACGCCAUCCUCGAGGUCAAGCUGCAGACGCAGCUCGGCCAGGAGCCCCCGGAAUGGGUGCGCCAGCUGACGUCCAGCCACCUCGUCGAGGCCGUUCCCAAGUUCUCCAAGUUCAUCCACGGCGUGGCCUCCCUCUUUCCCGACAGGAUACACCUGCUUCCGUACUGGAUGCCGCAGAUGGACGUCGACAUCCGCAAACCCGUGACGCACGAUUUCGGCAUCAAGCGGCUAGAGAACUCGGCCACGACGUCGAUAUCCGACGACGAAGACGACGAUUACGACUCGGACGACGAACCGCAACAGCCACGGCCCUCGACCGCGGCGACCGGCGCAGCCGCCGAGUCGAGCGCCGCCGCGGCGAGGAACGGCCGGGCGGCGUCGGCGCUGCCGACCGACAUCGAGGACCAGACGACCGACCGACCGCCGGCCGGCGGCAGCGACGACACGUACCUGUACGACUCGGAGGACGAGGCCGACGACGAGGACAGGCUGGCGGAGGCGCGCAGGGUGGGCGGCUGGACGUACUACAGGACGCGCGUCGCGACGUCGGCGAACGCCGCGCUCCGCGGCGCGUGGUGGCUGCUCACGGCGCUGGUGCCGCGCCCGCGCGCGACCGAGCUGCCGCGGAACGCCCGGCUGGAGUCGCUGCUUGGUGCCGGCGAGAUCCAGCACAAGCGGUUCAAGGCGCCCAAGGGCAAGAAGAUCUAUGUCCCUGUGCGUGUCGAGCCGAAGGUUUACUUCGCGGCCGAGAGGACGUUCCUGGGAUGGCUCGAGUACUCCAUCUACAUCGGCACCAUCGCCGUGACGCUGCUCAACUUCAGCACGCGGCACGGCAGCGGCGCCUCGUUCGCCGCCGCCGCCGCCUUCACGCUGCUCGCCAUCAUGUCGCUGUGCUACUCGGUCGUCAUCUACCUGUACCGCAGCCGCGCCAUCCGCACCCGCCGCGUCGCCCGCUACUACGAUAAGGUUGGGCCGAGCGUGCUGUGCGGCGCGCUGUUCGUCGCGGUCGCGCUGAACUUUGCGCUCGAGGGGAAGAGCAGGAAACCUGUGGUAGCGCGAGGCGAGUGGUGGUGGCGCCGGCUUUGGGGUAUGUAUGUAUUGUCUGGAUGGCGAGAAGGGACUGGAUGGUUGGUGUUGGGGAAAAAGGGGCACGGCGGUGUUAUGUGUGCUGUGCUUUUUGGGUAUUAUGGAACCGCAUGCGAGAGCGACGGGGAGUUAUGUCUCCAUACAGCACUAGACUGUAUCAUCUGAUAUGUAUCAACAACGGCAGCAUUACUUCCGCAGAACAGGUUGAGCAGUCGUCCGAUGAGUGGCCGCCAGUUCGGCGAGCCGAGUCCUCGGCGAACUCCACUUGCUGCGUGGGCCCCGCCGCUCGAUGUGGAUGCCGGAGGUGAAAUAAGAUUUUGGAU